CAAGCACGCUCAGUGUGACCGGAAGUAGCGUGCAGCUUCAGUUCCGGUUGUAAUUGUGGUGUUUUUCUCAGCUUUGUCAGGAGGUGGCGGUUCCGAUGGGCACAAAUCUGGAGCGCAGCCCGCGGACACUACUGGUCUGUGAAAGGUCCAGUUUAUUGGAUGACAAGAACCGGCUUAGCGCCCAGGUGGAGCAGCAGCACUUUAAUCACAAGGUGACUGUGCUGCUGCCCGAGUGUGACUCCGCCCCCUCUCAACUGGAUGUGGCAUUGAAGAGUUUCCAAAGUUUCUAUUUGAUCCGGAAACUGCCGCUCUAUGAACUGCUGAACAAAGACUUUCUACAGGCUGCUGUGUGCCAAGGAGGGGUGUUUGGCCUGUCAUACAAGACUCGCAUUGAGGAAGACAACUGUGUCUUCCUAUUGCCAAAUGGACGCCUGUGUCUUUCUUUGGACAAGGACUCCUACGAGCUGUUGGGGGUUGAAGGGAAAGCGUGGAAGUCAAAGUUGCCAAGAUACGUCAUUACUGUUGAUAUGACUCUUGGUGAGCGGGGUUACCAGCGUCUACUCACAGGUCUGACGUCACGACUUCCAUUAAAGAUGGACUUCCUGUUGUCAUGUCAUUCAGGGGGUGGAGCCGUACUGCAGCCACUCCUUUCACGAUAUGAUUGGUCCGAGCACACGCCGAAGGUCAGAAGUCAAACGCUGACACAACUGCCCUGUCCUGCCCUGCUGACCUCUGACCUGCAGUCAUACGACCCAUUCAGCUUGCUGGAGUGGCUCGGCGCUGUGGCCGCCGACGUAAGCUGUGACAACAAGUCUGGCAGCUUCCUGUCCUCGUUGGCGUAUCCAGAACCGACAAACACAACCGCUCAGAGCCUUAGCCUUUCUGUGUGCGGCCUGCUACUUCCUCGUGACAUCCUGGCGCUCAUUCAAGAGCUUAGGCGUUACCUGGAGCGGCCCCACUCGAUGUCCUGGGUGGCCAUGACGGUUCAUGGCUUCAUUGAUAAUCUGCACGCGCAUGGCGGACCUUUCUACACUCUGGUCCUCUUCCAAGACCAAACCUACUGCCUGCACAUGGCCACGCCUACCACAUGACCACACCUACUGCCUGCACAUGGCCACGCCUACCACAUGACCACACCUACUGCCUGCACAUGGCCACGCCUAAACUGUGACCAAAUGUUCCAAUGGAACAUAAUGGGUCAUAAUUAAAGCAUUAAUGAGGUAUCAUUAUUCCAUCCAUCUAUUUUCUACCGCUUGUCCCUAUAGGGGUCGCGGGGGUUGCUGGAGCCCAUCCCAGCUGCAUUUGGGUGGAAGGCGAGGUACACCCUGGACAAGUCGCCACCUCAUGUUCUUUUAAAAAAAAAAAAAAAUGCAACUAGAAGAUCUGAAGUGUGGAAUUACCCUGAAUGGUUUAUGGAAAGGGACUUGUGGCAGUUAUUGAAAGUAGUGAGCAUGUACAAAUGUACAGGUGAUGUGGUAGUGACAGACAAGUCCAUAUGGGCAACGCUAAACAGCACGUUGGUCCUCUCCAUAGGAAAUAUGAGUACAACAAAAACAUAAGUACUGCAGGAGGAAGUUUUUUUUUUCUUUCACCAAAGCACAUCCAUCUUAAAAUAGCACAACAAUAAUACAGAAGAGUAACAUGUUCACAUUAAUGGAUAUGUUUUUUAAAAAAACACAACUUGCUAUGUUAAAGGUGUUUAAUAAACAUGUCAAGUGAAUAAAUAGUCC